CCGGCGGAUGUUUACAAGUUUUCAUGGAGAUGUGCAAGUGUCAAUAGUUUUGGAUGAAGAGUGUAAGAUAGGAGCUAUUUCAUAAUGCUUUAAGCUGCUCCAACUACUAGCAAUAGCUGGAGGAUUAGCUCUGAAAGUUGGAACCAGGCAGAAUGGUCCAGUUGAGGUUUGACAGUGAUGAUGAUGAUGAUGGUUACAUGCUGGAACCAUCCAAGGAGAAAUUUACAAUCCGUAAACCAGUCACACCAUAUGUCUGCUCAACACCAUGUGAUUUUGAUGAUGAAAGGAAGUAUCUGGCACAGGAAGUGUUCCCACAGCUUGAAGAGCUGUGUCAUCAACGUGGAACUGCCUUUUCUCCAGUAGAUAUAAAAUGGUUACCAGACAGUCUUCAAACAGACAGUGGUCACCUGCUACGUAUAAACCUCGACUUUAUUACGAGGUGCAGCCCUUACUUUAUAUGUUUACUUGGAGAAUCAUAUGGACCUCAUAGAGUGCCAGAAGGUGGAAAAUUGCCAGAAAAUUUAAAUAGCUUACCAGAAGAAGCUUCGUGGAUAGAUAAAAAUUUUUUAGUUGCUGCAAGUGCUGGAUACACAUGGAUAUUGAAAGAGGUACAUCAGAACUGUAGUAUACCUGAACUUGAGAUAAUUCAAGCGGCUUUCCUGAGUGACAACAGAUACUGCCAGUUUUACUACAGACAACCAGAACAUUUAGACCAUAAAUUACAAGACAUAUCAGGACAUGAAAGGGAGAAAAUAAUUGCAUUGCAUAAACCUGAGAGUGAAUAUGCAGACUUGAAUAUACGAGAUUUGAAGCAGCGUAUAGUCAACAAAGGACUUCCAGUGAAAUAUUUUCAGACGUGCCAAGAGCUUGGUUCACAUGUACUAAAAGAUUGGAAAGACAUCAUUGAUGAAAUGUACCCACCGUUACUUGGUGGCCUUGGAAUGUUAGAUAGUGAAGAAUAUAGAGAAUGGAUGAAUCAUGAAGUUUUCUCUGAGAGCAGACGACAUAUUUACUUGAAUCACUCAGAGUUACGUACCCUGAAAACAGAGUUGACAAACUUCUGCAGUACUGUACUUGAUGAACCUGCGUAUGAUCAUGAUGAAAAUUUAGAUCAAAACUACAAACCAUAUACAGUUUCAAAUUUUCUGCGGAAACAACCGGAGAUAUGUGUGAAAUAUAAAUCAAUCUUCAUGCUCAAAGGUGAUCGUGGAAUAGGCAAGUCAUCUCUAGUUGCGAACUGGGUCAAACAAUUUAUGGCUGAGCACUCAGAGGUGAAAGUCUUAAGUCACUUUGUAGGUUGCAGUGGGAGAAGUAGAGAUGUUGCAACAUUCCUCAGAAGGGCUAUUUUAGAGCUUAGAGAGGAAUAUUUAACUGAUGAUGAUGAUUGCCAUCCGGAUGGAGAGGUGUCGAGGCAACAAUUUAAGGAGCUAUGUGGGAGUUUUCAGUCAGCUCUGUCACUAGGACCAUGUGUGAUAUUAAUAGAUGGAGUAGAUGAACUAGGGGCUACUAUGGGACUAAGCCCCCAAGAGGUGAAGUUAUUUUCCUGGAUCCCACUGCCAUUACCACCACAGUGUCGUUUUGUAGUAACAACCUUGAACUCUGACUUCAGUCAUGGCAACUUGUUAAAAAGGCCUGAUACAAAGGUUGUAUCAUUGUCAAGUUUGAAUACCACAAAAGUAAAAGCAGAGAUGCUGGAGGAUCAUAUGCAGGUGCACUUUGAUCACCUCAAACGGUCACAGUUACAAACAAUAUUUGAAUCUAAAUUAUCUGGGCGACCAUUGUUCUUGAAGAUUAUGGGAAAUGAAAUGUGCUCAUAUAGUGUGUAUACAGAUUUGAAUGUUUAUGCUGACAUGAUCAGAGAAAUGUGUACAUCUAUAAGAGACCUACUUAUACGCUGUUUCAAACGGUGGUCUCAGGAUCACAGUUGGACAUAUGAAAUUUUGUCUGCUGAGCAAACAGAAAGUGAUGCUGCAGAUUUUAUUGGCUGGGUGCCAGAUGUAUUGCGUCUGCUUGCAGUGUCAAGGUCUGGAUUGACUGCAAAUGAGAUUUUGGAUACUCUUGUUUCUAUGGGUUACCAAGAGAAUGUGAAAGUUACCCAGUUUGACUGGUUAAUGUUUCAGCUUUGCAUGGGAGAAAAUAUUACGCAAAGUCCAUAUGGCAUGUUAAAUUUCUCACAUCAACACACGAGGGAGGUUGUUGAAUAUGUUCUCCUACGCAUAGUGAAGCCAUCAACUGCUGAGAUAUUUUCGCACACUGAGAAUGACAAGGAAUGGAAAAAGCAGAAGAGAGAAUUCCAUCAGUACCUUGUCAGGUAUUUUUAUCGUCAAGGUCACAGUCAGAGGAGGGUGGAAGAGUUACCAUGGCAACUGUUGAUGGCAGGGGAAAUGAAACUUUUAGCUGAAAUCUUAGCAGAACCACAGAUGUUUGAGAGCUUGUAUGAUGCAGAGAAUAGGUACCCAUCUAAUCACUAUGAUCUCCGACUUUACUGGUACUACCUGGAGAAAGAAGGAUACAGUGCUGUUGACACAUAUAAUCAGUUAUUGCUUCGUGUUGGUGCUCUUGUGCCUGAACCAGAGAAAAUAGAGGUUGAGAGUGUGGAAGGGAGUGGUUCAGUAUCUAAUAUAUCAGAGACAAGCUUUGUGGAGAAGUCUGAGGUUGAUCAGCCUCCAAUCAUGUUGUUCUCCCCAGCCUCGCAUAACAUUCCCUCCAUUUUCACAACUCCAGCUUCUGACACCAAAUUGUCCGUGAUUGAGGAGGCGAGUGAUAUAAUGUCAAAGGAUGAUCGAAGCAGUAUAGGUGACAUUACCAAUGGUGGAGAUUCAAUAUUUCUUACACAAGGAGCUGAAGCUGAGGAGAGGAAGUUUGACUUGAGCCCGGCUGAAGUGAUAAAACUAACGUGGCAUGUCAGUCAAUUUAUUCUAGAAAUGGGACACAGGCAGACAGGGGAGACAAUCCUGCAGGCCUUGAAUACAACACUUAUGAAGAGUUAUCCCCUCAUUGAAAGUGAUCAGCUGGUUCAUUCAAAAGUUCAGGAAUGUUUAGGUCAGCUAUAUUUAGAUCAGAAUGACCAUGAACUUGCAGAGAAAUGGUAUAAGAAAGCUCUACGCACUGUUAUGGAUAUAGUUGAACCAGAAGAAUCCUCAAACUUUUUCAUGGAACUUCAGGGUCUUAAAGGAAAAAUUAUACAACAGAUUGGAUGUCUACAUUUGCAGAAAGGUUCAAUAGAUGAUGCUGAUGACCUCCUGGAAGAAGCUCAUGACCUCGUGGUGGUCACAAAUAAACUGACUGCCAGGGCAACAAUCCUAUUUCACAUAGGAAUUGUGAGAAUGCUUCAGAAUGAUUAUUUGAUGGCAGAGACAAACUUACGCAAGAGUUUAAUGCUAAGACAGAUGUGGUAUGGUAGAAAUCACACUUUGGUAGCAGACAUUCUUUUCCAACUGGGGGUACUUAUGGCAGAUGAAAAAAAUGAUAAAGGAUUUGAUAAAAGAGCUGCCAGUGAUGCAUUGCGCAGAUGUCUCGAGAUACGAGAAUUCCACCUUGACAAAGAUCAUAUUCAAGUUGCUGAAUGUCUGUUUGAGCUAGGAAAGUUGUUGAAACAGGAGACAAGUUUUUGUGGACGAGCAGAAUGUAACAGUUUGCUAACAAGAGCUCUAGAUAUAAGAAUUACAAGACUUGGAAGUGAGCAUAUAGAAACAAGGGCAGUUCGCCAGUACUUAAACAAUCUAGAAACGUCGUUGAAGGCAGCUAAACAUGAUAUAAGGUCAUCAGAAAGACCAUACAGCUCCUUGUCAUGGAGGAGUCACGAUCUAGCCAACAUUGAAAAGAAAUCACGUCUGCAGUCUGGCAGAUCAAGCAGUUAUGGUCAGGUGUCCCGGCCAGGAAGUCAGAUGUCACGGGCAGGAAGUCACGUGUCCCGUUCAUACAGCCAAAACAUCUCUCGUCCUGUGAGUAGCCAGAUGGACUUUGUCAAUGCAAUGAGCAAACAGACAAGCACAAUGUCUGCAUCAGAGAAGUUAAUGCUUGAGUCAAGUUUUACACCAAGGCUUUUACAAAGAGAAACUGUACAUAGGAAAUUAAAACAGAAAGAUGGUAUAUCCCCACAAUUAUCUCCACACAGUGAACAUUCUCUACAUGCUGAAGAGGAGACAAAACAUGUCAGUAUUGAGGGAGAGUCUGGACAUGUUCAUAAAGCACACAAAGUUAACAAUGAAGUCUUGUUAGAUAGUUUUGCAGCAGAAAGUGAUAAAGCUGCUGUUUCAUUUAGAGCAACACCAACAAGAAAACCUGUAGAAGAGCCAUUGGGAAGAGAGACUCCACCACAAAGACUGUAUCGUCGAUUUGGUAGCCCAGAAAACAUGAUGCAAGGUAAUUUAGCAGCAAUGAGAAGUGGUGAAGUGACACUUCGAACAUCUGAGAUGAGUAUGGCUACUGGAAAAGAAUCUACAGGUAGACACAAACGACCAAUCAGUAGUGCACGAAGUAUACGAAGCAUUGGCAGUUCAUUGUAUACUAGUGCUUCAGGAAUGUCUUCGGCCAGUCAUAAAUCUAACUGUGAUAUACCACGAGGUCCUCAUAGUCUUCAUAUCAGUAAUGCUAGAAGUACAACCAUGGGUCCUCAUAGCUCUGUUAACAGUUUAAUGGGAGAGAUGGGGCCUAAGGAUGUUUCAAGAGUAAUACAUCAUAAAUCCGCAUGGUACCAUGUACCUGGGCGCUACAGCACUGUAAAUAAUCCUUAUGCCCCUAAACGUUCACAAAAACGUUAUGAGGCUAAAAGGCUUGAAAAAUCUAUUUCACCAGUGGCAGAAGACCCUCAUAAGACAUUCAUGAAAAGUGACUAUAGGAAAAAUAAUCCAAGAAUGCUAAACAAAGGUUAUCCUGGGAAACAUGGUCAUACUUGCAGCAAAGGGCAUUUGUAUGUUCCUUACCCUCGUGAUAAAAAGCAGUAUAUUAUAUGUGAUAGGUGUCAGAAAGAAACUGAAGAAAUUAUUGCAGCACAAGAAAAUGAACUGCUUGGUAUUGUUGAAGGAGGUGUUGAGAAUGGGUUGAUGUUGGCCCCAACAGUGAAUGGUCUGACAGCACCAGAUAGACCCAGGCAAGCAAGUUUUGUUUAUGAAGAACCAAUGAUACCAGAUGAUUAUGAUAUGUAUCAAAACACUGGAAGUAUGGUUACUUUCAAAGAUACUGUAGUCAUAAAUUGAUAAAUAAUAACUUUAUCAUUAAUUAUUUCAUAUGCAUGUAUUAAUGUGAAAAAUUAUGUGAUAAUGAAGUUUGACUGUACUGAAACUAGUAAAAAGAAAAGAAAGAUCAUGAAGCAGAGAAGCAGGAAGAACAUCAGUUAAAUUUGAUGGCUUGAUCUUAACUCUUACUUAUAUAUGACCAUUUUAUUUUUUUUUAACUAUGAUGACCUUUUGUCAAUUUAAGAUUUAACAAUUUAACAUUUCUAUGGAAACUUUUAGACUUUCGCUAUAAUGAUGUAUUUGAUUCUAAUAUUACUUGGCAUGAAUAUAUAUUUUAUAUGGAUAUGAUAUGCCUCAAAUUUCAUGGAAUUGAAUUUGUAUUUUGUUGAAUUAGAUUUAAUAACUUAACAUUGCUUCCAUGGAAUUUUAAGACCUUUAACUGAUUUAUAUAUGAAGUAUAACUUACAAUUAGCAUUUAGUAUUUAAACUACAUUUGUAUGUUAAUUUCUGAUCUGAUUUGAUUCAAUGAAUUGAUAUUUUAAACAAACAUUUACACUUGA